AUGCGGAUAUUUACAGUGCCACCGACCAUAGAGACGGCAUCCGAGUCUAAUUUUUACGAUGAUAUGAAGAAGAUUCGCUUGCGCCAACAGCUAGAGAUGUAUUACAUUUCUCGGAAACAUGAUCAGAAUGACAGCGUUUUCAGGUGA